GAAGGGGGGGGUGAUGUAGACUGAGAGAGGGACUGGGAGAGAAGGCGAACCAUCUAUGUUGUUGCCAGGGAACAGUGGCGAUGAAGAAAACCAUCUGUAACGACUCAUAACGGAUGGACGGACGGAAAAAAUUUGACAUUCACGGGAGUAAUGUAAAUAAACAAGGAUAUAGAAAACAAUAAAUAUUAUUUGGAUUAUAUUCGCUCCCCCAAAUUAAGAUUUGUAUGAUUUUUGUGGAAAGGAUGAGCAGGAGGAGCUGAGGAGAACACGGAAAAUGGUUUUUUUAAAGAGAAUUAAUCCAGCCACCCGUGCAGAUGGAUGGAUUUAUUAGCAAGGUUCAGAGCUGACGUGUCGGUGGUCACGACAUCUGAGUCGAGAAGGUAGAUAGGCUGAUUCCAGACAGAAAUCCUUACUCAGUAUUCAAUGACAAAUAUCGAAGCAGGCAGGUUCAUGAUGGUGGUGAAGGGUUUGUAUUCGUAGGGUACCGGGUGGAAUACAGAGAAGUGGAAUACAGAGAAAUCCCCCAGCACUGCAGAGAGAACAGCUGCCCUCUCGAUCUCCCACCCAAACAAGGCGGGGGUACGCGUCUACCUCAUCCUGUCCGGGAAGACGGGGAGCUGCCCUGUCUGGUCUCUACACACACCUGCUGCUGCCAUUGGCAACCCACCCAGAAACCAAGACUGGGGCUAGUACCUUCACACACACGGAGAAAAAAAAAAAGAAAAGGAGGGAAAACAACACGAGGCAUGCAUUGCCGUGCUAUUGAAGCAAGAACAUUUUCUGCCGUGGAGCCAGAACAUCGCUGAUUCACAGGGAACGCGGGAAAGCAGGAAUUAAGGAACGACGGACAGACAGAGAAGAACAGGCGAAUCCAUCCCAUAAAUUGUCCCCAGCCCCGGCGUUCCUCUCUGGAGGAUGGGCACAACUGAGGCCACCUUACGGAUGGAGAACAUGGAAGUGAAGGACGAGUGGCAGGAUGAGGACUUCCCCAGGCCACUCCCGGAGGACGGCGACAUGGAGACCUCCUGCGGACUCACUGAUGACAGGACCUCUCCGCCCACUUCUCUAAACGUGGGUUUGGGAGGAGGGGGCUCGGCCCAUCGGAAGCGACGGACCUUGGUGGCCCCCGAGAUGAACCUGUCCCUGGACCACAGCGAGGGCUCCCUGCUGUCCGACGACUUCCUCGACACGCCCGAUGACCUCGACAUCAACGUGGACGACAUCGAGACGCCCGACGAGACGGACUCCCUCGAGUUCAUCACCAACGGCAACGAGCUGGAGUGGGAAGACGACACGCCGGUGGCCUCUGCCAAAGCGCCCCCGGGCGACGGGGCGGGGCAGGCGGGGGAGGACGGGGACGGUCCGGGCGGAAACGGGCGACUCUGGAGGUCCGUCAUCAUCGGCGAGCAGGAGCACCGCAUCGACAUGCAGGUCAUCCGGCCGUACCUGCGCGUCAUCACGCACGGGGGUUAUUACGGGGAAGGGCUGAACGCCAUCAUUGUGUUCGCCGCCUGCUACCUCCCAGACAGCAGCUGUGCAGACUACCACUACAUCAUGGAGAACCUCUUCCUGUACGUGGUGAGCAGCUUAGAGAUGCUGGUGGCGGAGGACUACAUGAUCAUAUACAUGAACGGGGCGACGCCUCGCAGGAAGAUGCCUGGUCUCAGCUGGCUGAAGAAGUGCUACCAGAUGAUUGACAGGAGGCUGAGGAAGAACCUGAAGUCUCUGAUUAUCACUCACCCUUCCUGGUUCAUCCGCACAGUACUGGCCAUCUCCAGGCCCUUCAUCAGUGUGAAAUUUAUGGACAAAAUCCGCUACGUACACAGCCUGGAGGAGCUGGAACAGAUUAUCCCGAUGGAGCACGUUCAGGUUCCGGAGUGUGUGCUGCAGUAUGAGGAAGAAAGAACUAAAGCUCGAAAGGAAAGGAUGGAACAGGAACAGCAACAGUAUCCGCCACAGUCACACUCGCAGCCUCCGGCCAAAACAGAAAGGCCGGUGUCUAUGGUGGAAGAACAGGGACUGUGAGGCUAAUUAGAAGCUCCGCAGACUUCAUUAGGAAGAAGUCUGGAGAAAGGGGGGAAAAAAACAUUUACACAUUCACACAACUCUACAAAGGAAAUUUGUGACUUUAGAAACAGUGCUGUUCCAUAUGAGAGAGCCUCAGCCAUACACUCCGUACUCAGUUUAGAUUGCCCGCCUAAGUCCUCCACUCCAGGUUUAGUGUUACUCUGGGAAUUCUGACAUGAUUCAUUCCAGCCAAGCCAUGCUUCCCUACUCCAGGAUAGGAACUGUGUGUUCUUGUGGGCCCCUACACCCCCCCGCCCCCCCCCGAAAACGAAUUCACAUCUGCUCUAAUGGCUUAAGGUAUAUGUAACUAAAUACUCAUAUGCAAGGUACACUUUCAGUGGUAUAUCUACAUCGAUCACGGUCCCGGUUUUAAGCAGAAUCUGACUGAAAGCUGACGUUUCUGUGCUGAAUCAAAAGCGCACUGCUCAAAGUUGUUCAAAUGUGCACCAGGAUUUCAGGCCCCAUGAAAACAUCUCACCCAAAAAUGUAAUUGUGAGGGCCCCUGUCACUAUGAGCCUAAGUUAUGACCCCCCCCCCCCCCGACACACACACACACACACACACACACACACAAACACACGCCAUGGCAUCACUGUCCUCAUGCACCCUCACACCUGGCCUGUUGUCAGCUGAUGUGCAGUGCUCGCCAGAGACAGAGGACAGUCACUGCCGUCCUUUCCCUUCACCCUUAAUCCUGCCAUGAACAUCUUCAUAUAUGGUCCCAGUGGAAACACACAUACACACACACAGCCAUUUUACAGCAUUAUAAUGCACUCAAGCCACGUGAGAUGCACCCCCCCCCCCCCGUAGCUGUGGAGGCAGCACUCUGUCUAUAAUUACCAAUCAACCUGCCCCAGUAUAUGGUAAAUAGCCAAACACCUUUUGGAUGCCGCUGCUUUGGUUUCCCUGGAAUCGACUGAACUCUAAAAUGGCGGCAUCUGUGUACAGUAAUUUAGCUGCUUGUGCUUGUUCCCCAUACUGCUGUCCGGUGUCAUUGCUCCGUUAAAAAGUGUACAUUGUCGUCUGUUGAAUUGUCCCCACGUGCUCUUUUGAGAAAACGACUGUUUUGGAGUCAAAACAUCAGAGUACAUCCGCUAAGCAUUUGACUGCAGUUUAAUAGAAUAGCCUCUUGUUUGUGCGGUGAUUUCUGUAAAGAUUUGAUUGUAUUUAAGUGCCACUGGCACUCAGACUUUCUUACAUCUGUUGAUAAGUUGCUGAUAAGUGGUACAGAUCGGUUCCCACUAUGGGGAAGGUCACAUCUUCUGGUCAUGAAAGCAGCAUGUUUUGAUUUAUUGUCUUCUACUGUAAAGAUUUCUUGCUUCUGACCAGCAGUAGAGACCAAUAGAGUUUUAUUUUUCUUAUCAAUUAUAAAUGUAUAUACAGUACAGUAGCUAUGUUGAUUUGCACUUUCAAAUUAAUUGUUCAAAUAAGUUAUUGUAUGGUAAGAAUAUGAUAUAAUUGUAAGAGAUUUUUUAUCAGUUUAAUUUUUCAUCACAAACAAUUCCAGUGAUAAUAGUGCUGUCGAAAUCUCUGGUAUACCUCUUUGUCCUGUACCAUUUUUACCAUGUGUAUCAUUGUCAAAUAUUAAAUCUAGAAGCGUCCUGAUAAACAUGAAACAUUUUGAUCCGCAAUAUUUUUGGAUAUUCUCAUUGAUAGUACACAAGCCUGCUCUGUUGGAAUGAAAUUUAGGAGCUUCAGAGCCCCUGUAUCAGAUGAAAAAGCCUCUGGAUAAAAGCACAUCACAGGGAAAGAUCACUUUUACUCUCCAUCGCACUACUGUGGUACUGUGGCCUACAAAUUGUAGACUUCAUGAGGAAAAUGUUCGUUUGAAGAUACACAAAGCACAAAGACUCAGUGAUGCAUGCCCUGUUUUUGUACAAUGCAUUGCCACCUGUAUUAUAAUUUCCUGUGUAUGAUUUUCCUUUGUAUGAAAGAGUUAGAAACAUUCCCCAGAAACAUUCAGUCGGUAAUAUUUGUCCAACUGCAUGAACAAUAUUACGCAGUAGGCUAUUUUAAUGUUAAACAUUUGUUAGCAUUCAACAUUAAGCUGAACAUACAUUAUUAUAUUUGUAUGUUUUUUUACUUACUUACAUUACUUUACUAGAUGUCUGUUGAUGGGACACUGGUGGGGCACUCUCCUUCUGCUCUGGAAAACGCUCUUUUGUAAAGGACCUCGCUGGAGUAAAGGCGGGCCGUAAGAGCUGGUUUUACCGCUGAAGACAUAACGUCUCCGAAAACGCAAUCUGAUGCCUGGAACUGGGGAGACCUCCGUCACCGUUUAAUACUGUACAUUUAUCAAACACGCUCGCUGAUACAGAUGUUCUCACAGGACUGAAUUUACAUCAGAUUGGAUUGCUGUCACUGUCAUGUGAAACUGAUGAAUGUCCAUCGCACAGGCAAUAGAUUCUGUGGCACUAAAAACCAGUUCAUGAAGCCAUCAGCAUUCAGAUGUAAUAAGUAAUUUGCAUGACAUUAAUUUCUGAAUCACAAAACAAUAUGAAGGCUAGAAUAACAUUUCACUCAAAUAUUGAGUGCCUCAGAUUAUUGCUCUUUUCUUUUAAAAUAAUGAUGCAUGGUUAAGCAUGUUUCUUUUUUGGGGCAUACGCAGAACAAUUCAUUCACAUACUCAAAUGAGCCUGAUCCAAAUGUUUGUACUGAAUUUGUCCGAUUCCUCUGGAUGAACCUGCAUCCCUGAGCUCACCUCAGUCCGUGUCACAUCAGGUUUCAAAUUUCAGUGUACAGUAAAUGAUUCAGUUCCGGUGUUGUUUAAACUAUGAGAAGUAAUACCGUGUUUACAAAGUCAAAAUAAACAAACAUUCAACAUUA